AUGACCGCCGUACCAUUAUUGCCAGGUUCUGCUCUCAACUUCGACCUCUUGCUAGACAUCAUCUCUCUUGCGGCCAAGCCCGACUUCAGCGCCUUUUCUCGUGGCGAGAACCCGUAUGCAGGGCUGGCAAGCCUCUGUGGUAUCCACUCAAUCCUCCGCAAAGAUGCUCUGCGUUUAUUCGUUCAUACGGUGGUCCUCCCUACACACAGGGAGCUUGUGCUGUUCCAGCAAACGCUGCAAGCCCAGAAAGAUCGCGCCAUUACGGGACUGUUUCCCAAGCUUGCCUUUAACUACGUAGGAAACGUCCGCAGGAUUUUCGUUGGAUACCUGCCUAUCGCACCCGAUCUUGUCUUCUCCUCCCCCUCCACUGAUGCCGACGAGAGGCAAGCCCAUGACUGGGCCAUGUCAAAGGCGAGCACGCUGCUCGACGACUCCGUGCUCGUUCCUGUGCUCCGCGCGGCGCGCGACAUAGCGGUCGACGAGACUGCGCUCUCCCUGAUGAAGAGGCUCUUUCGCCAGACUGGCACCGAGGAUAGUCCCGGGGCGAACACCGAUCAGCCUCGUUGGGAGAUGAGCUCCUUCUCCAUCGUCGGGCCUCUGGCCGACUUGGAUUGGGCUUUGUUCAAGAACGAUGUGGGACCCGGCUUCUUCAUGCCCACGCUUCGUGUCCGCAAGUAUCGGGCUGCUUGUUGCCAUCACCAUGAGGCCAUGGACAAUGCCAGCGUCUCUCAGCCGGUCGAAGAUCCUGAUCGCACAAGAAGACCUAUGGGGCAUCGGACGCAAUCUUUGCUCUUGCCGAGCUCCGAAGGGGAUUAUCGAAUCACUAUGGAACAUAUCCAACCUUCAAGUGGCCCACACACGCUCAUUAGACGUGCAUGCGUUGCAGCGUGGGCUUGCGAUGGUAGUCGGCUGGAAGGGGAGAUCUUGUCGCUUUGA